AUGCACAUUCCAAAAGCAUGGAAAGCAGUCUUCAUCCUGCUCAACCAUGGCUUUAUGCUCCUCUCUCCAGCGAUUGCAGCAGGGACCAUUCCUCCAUGGGCGGCAAAAAAUAGCCUCGUCUUCCGCACAGCCGCGAAGGGUAUCCAAGAAGAACCGGCCUCCGUAAAUCCUGGACUCGUAUUGCGAGCAGCUUCACCAAACAAAAACAUGAGAAAAUGUGAUCGAUGUCGACAACGAUGCAAACCAAUGAUGAUUCAUGAUCGCAAAGAUUGCACGAAAUGCAACCGAUGCCCACCCGGUAUGCAUCCCGACCGGGCGCAGAAGAAGUGCCUCCGCGACAGCAAAGACGACAAGAAAAAGAAGUUCGAGGACAAGAAGGACAGGGAAAAGCGAGACUAUAACUUCAAGAAGAACUAUCACAAGUUCCGACCCAAGCCACUAAGGUUUCAGCGGAAAGUGAGCGUCGAGAGGAAGAAGUAUAAGGAGAUCCAGAAUAUGAAGAGAGAUGCACUCAAUCGCAUGAAAGUACGUCGCCUUGGAAAAUGCGCCCUCCUUACACCCCUAGCCAUAAGCGGAGAAGCGAUUGAGAAGUACAGCACUGGCUUUUUUGACGAAAAUUUCAUGGACAGCAUGGAGCUUCUCGAUCUCUGGCCAGAGGAAUUGAAAGAUGUUGAGCCAAAAUAUCUGGACCAGAGCGUAUUUACCGAUGAAUAUCUCGAUAAGUACGUGGACUUUGCGCAAGAACACUAUACCAAAAGGUCCACCGAUGAUGCCGCUCCAGGGGAUCAGGUGCAAGGCGAGAACGAGCAGGAGACGGGGCUCAUCAUCAGUCCAUCAUCCCGAGACCUUUCCAUUCGUUCCAUCGGAGCCGUGGAUAUUGACCGCCGAUGCCCCUGGUGUAUUUUUGUAGUCAUCGCGAGAGCCAUUGCAGCAGCGGUGGCCAGGGUUGCUGGUCGGGCUGCUGCCAGAGCUGCCAGUGCUGGUGCCAGGGUUAGCAAAAUCCUCGACAAUAUCGCAAAGAACCUCAAACUUACCAAGGGAAAAGGCUCUAAGUCUUAUCGAGAGCAAAAGGAUGCUGCAAGAGAAAUAUCAAAAAAUCGGAAUUGGAUGAGAUGCCUUCGCGGUAACAAUCCCAAAUGA